AUGGCGGGCAUCACCACCAUCGUAGCCAGCCUCCUGCUCCUGAACAUCUGUGGCCACCACGUCGCCCCUGCAAGCCCCAUGGUCAUCCCCUCUGCCUGCUGCAUGACCUUUAUUUCCCAGAAAGUUCCUGAAAACCGAGUGGUCAGCUACCACCUGUCCAGCGGGAGUGUCUGCCCCAAGGCCGGAGUGAUCUUCACCACCAAGAAGGGCCACAAGUUCUGUGGCGACCCCAAGCAGCCGUGGGUCCAGAAGUACAUGAAGAACCUGGAUGCCAAGCGGAAGAAGCCUUCCUCCGGAGCCAGGGCAGCGGGUGCCAAGAGUCACCACCGUGGCCACAAAACCACCAUCUAA